AUGUCACUAGUGAUUGAAGACACACACGGGUGGCUGUUGGACGCGUGCUCGCUCAUCGACCAGGGAUACACGAGCUGUUUUCGACGUCGAAGCGAACUUCAGUCGGAAAUGGUGGGACGUUUUAAAAAGCAGUACUUCCGGAUUUUGAAGAGCUACGGCAUUCAGAGUAAAAAUAAUAAUAAUCCUGAUAAUAAAAACCUGGACGUUUCGCAGAAUGUAGAAAGGCCACCAAAAUGUUACUUUCAGAAGCGAAAGCGCAAGCAAAUUGAACUCAACCAUGGGGAGAUCGAUUCCAUGGCAUUUCACGAGAAGGUCCGAUGUGUUAUUCUGGAAGGAACCAAAUCCCUGGUGGAGUCUGCUACACAUCUAGGAUACCUUCAAGGAGGUCUGGAUGCAGUAAAUGACAUCCCUCCAUGCCAUGAGUGCAACCUGGCCAGCUUGUGCGACAUGGCCAAAGAACUCCCUUUGGUGGAGGAUGAGAACCAGGAGAGCUCCAUCCAGUUCCUCAACAAUGACACAGACAGCAUGUCCCAUCUGGACUUGUUCUCCUGCGUGACGGAGAACCCGGCAGAGCAUGCGGCGUUGACGAUGUUGAUGGGGGAAGAGUACGUCAUCCCACCACGCGCGGCGUUUCUACUCUCAGAUUUCUCCCGGAUGCAGCCGCUUCUUCAAUGUGGACGCAAGUUUGAUGUCAUCGUUUUGGAUCCGCCGUGGGAGAACAAGUCUGUAAAGAGAAGUCGCAGGUACAAUUCUUUGCCAUCAUCACAACUGAAAAGACUCCCCAUACCCAACUUGGCGUCCCCUGACAGUUUAGUAGUCACCUGGGUGACCAACCGGCCAAGCCACUUGCGCUUCGUCCGUGAUGAACUCUACCCGCAUUGGGGGGUGGAGCCUGUGGCCCAGUGGUUCUGGGUUAAGAUUACCACAGAUGGCCAUUUUGUGUUCCCGCUGGAUUCGCCGCACAAAAAGCCAUACGAGGUGAUGGUCCUGGGCCGAUAUCGCAGCGACGCUCAGACCAGUCCCUCAGAAAUGUGUGUUGGUGACGUCGCUCCUGUGCAAGAUCAACGGCUGAUUGUUAGCGUGCCCUCAACGAUCCACUCCCACAAACCGUCACUUGCAGAGGUGUUGAAGCCGUACAUCAAAGGGGACGCCAAAUGCCUGGAGCUGUUCGCCCGAAGCCUCCAACCGGGUUGGACCAGCUGGGGCAACGAGGUCCUCCGCUUUCAACACAGCAGCUACUUCACGCUAACGCCCGCUAGCCAACACGAUGAUGUCAGCGCGGUCAUUUUCCCGGCGCCAGAGGAAGAUGAAGCACCGCCCUCCCCAUCUUCCACCCUCCACCAGCUUCCCAACGGCUCGCCUUUUAGGUGA